GGGGCGCCUUCGCACCGCCAGCAUCGCGCGUGUGUCUCCUCUUUGCCGUUUGCCCGUUUGUGCACCCUGUCGCGGCCGUUAUCGAACGAUUGCUCGCGAUCGAGCCACGGUACGAUCGAGCAUGAGGUCGAUCCUCGAUCUCGUCGGUUAGUGAACGAAACCGUGCCCGAAUCGACCAAUCAGCAGGCGACACACGGUGAUCGACAGAGCUCACCCUCGCCAAUGGUGCCGGCAACACGUCGGCAGCCCCUGAUCCUGACCCAGGACGAUUCUAGCGACGGGGGAGGAUGCAGCAGCAACAGCAGGACCAGGACCACGAGCAGGAACGGGGAAUCGUAAUGGUCCCGUCUUCCUCUGCAACCACGUCCACCAGCACGGACCUCAGGGACGUUACCAGUGUCACGGAAGCUGGUCUGCCCAGUUUCACCCUGCAGAGUGUCGCCCUCGGACUGCAGGGCGCUCUUCUGGCUGCACUACAGAGAGCCGCUUUGUUACCUCCUGGACACGCCGCGGCUGCGGCUCUGAAUCUCCAGGCGUUGGAGACUUAUUUGACCCUUCAUCGUCUUCACGCCAGCAGCGCAGCGCCCGCCGUUAAUCAGCCCGCCGCUCCGGGACUGACCACUGCUAAUCAGAGGUGCUCGCCCAUUAACGCCGCCCUCGACAACACGCUCGCGUCCACGACAACGUCCAAGAGCGACCAGCUAGUUGCCGACAGGUUAUUACAGUCCACCGAAGACGAGGACGAGGGACGUUUGGACUUUAUCGGAGACCCCGAGGAGGACUUGGCUCUGCUGGAAGAACAGGAAGCUCUCUUGCGAGACACUUCCGUGGCUACUUCUUCUGCGAAUCACGAGGCGUUGCUCAGACGGAUAUCCGAAGGAAACCGAGGUACCAGCUCCACCACGACCGUGCAACAAUCGACGUCUCUGGCGCAGAUCGUCGCUUCGUCCUUCACGUCGCCGGCAUCCUCGUCCGCUUGCUCGUCGUCCUCUUCGUCCUCGUUGUCCUCCUCGUCGCCGCUUCAGGCCACCUCCACAUCCGCAGAGACCAGUAUACCCAGGACGUGCAGGGCAUCCAGGCCCAAGAAACAGUUCAUCUGUAAAUUUUGCAGCCGACAGUUCACCAAGAGCUACAAUCUGCUGAUACACGAGAGAACGCACACCGACGAACGACCGUACUCGUGCGACAUUUGCGGCAAGGCUUUCCGACGGCAGGAUCACCUCAGGGACCAUAGGUACAUCCACAGCAAGGAAAAGCCGUUCAAAUGCGCGGAGUGCGGCAAAGGAUUCUGCCAGAGUAGGACCCUGGCGGUGCACAAGAUCCUGCACAUGGAGGAAUCGCCGCACAAAUGUCCCGUCUGUGCCCGUAGUUUCAAUCAGAGGAGCAAUCUGAAGACACACCUUCUGACGCACACGGACAUCAAGCCAUACCACUGUGCCUCCUGCGGCAAGGUCUUUCGCAGGAACUGCGACCUCAGGAGGCACUCGUUGACCCAUAAUUUGGGCGUAUCGACGUCGCCACCGCCUCCAGGGAUCCCUGUACCUGGAUCCAGCACUGUUGUGCUACAGGAAACAUCCUAGUGUUCUCCUAAGCCAACUAGAACAAUUUACGUGUGCCAGGAAAAACAAAAGAUUUCGUUCAUCGAAUUCGACGGUGAACUCGUGCUGUCGAAUUCUCUGUAAAUUGAAAGCGUUUUUGUGAAUCAUUCGAGGAUCAUCGAGGACGAUGAGAACUCGCUCUAGGUGUAGUGGGACAUUUUUGUUCUUCAUCUUUUAGUGUAUAUUUACCUGCGUACGUAUUCGUAGCUGUUUAUGUUUUAGAGGUUAAUAUUAAUCGCGUAUGUUAUUUAAGGAUUUAGCUCGUUACUUGUGUAAUUGCGUUACGUAACGAGGUAUUACUGUAAGUAUGCGGAGGGUCUCUUUGUUUUUGUACUUCCACUGUGUACCUAUGUACGUGUCCCUUGUGUUUCGUUUGUACGUGUAAAAUAAACUUUUAUUAUAUUAUUUUUUAAAACGUUGUCGUGCCUGCUGUGCCAACCACCUGAACACUUUUCUUUGUCGAG